CGGCGGUUGGCCCAGGAAGGGAGCCGGUGCGUUCGUUGGAGCUUAUGGGAUAGCAGAGAACGUGGCAGGGCCCCGCCAAAGGCUCUGUCAGAUUAAUUAAUCAAAGAUGAAAACAGGCAAAAUUAAGAAAUCUCUGCAUCCUUACAAGUUGCCGGAGGGAUUUCAAAGCAAAGUCGUGGCGCCUCGCAAUCCGAAGCUGAUCAGAGAAGAGGAGAAGAAGGAUGCCCCCCUGACUCCUUCUGCUUUCCUGAAAGAGAUGUCUCUCACAACGGAGCAGAAGCUGGCAAGCACCCAUGAGAUGCGCCUCCCUCGCAUUGUCCAGCUUUUAGACAUGAGCGAAACCUCACAUCAAAAGUUCUCUUCAGUUGAUCUGGACCAGACGCUGUUUCAGCCGUUCCCAUCGGAAGUGAUUUUCCAGAACUUUGCCCCUUGUGAGAUCUAUGAAGUGCCACUGAUUCUGCGUAACAAUGACAAGAUCCCAAGGCUGGUGAAAGUGGUGCUGCAGAGUUCCCCCUACUUCCAAGUGAUCAGCCCCAAUAACGUGUGCAACAAAGUGGCUCCUGGCAUGCCAUCUACAUUCCGCAUUCUCUUCACUCCAGAGGAGAACAAGGAUUAUUUGCAUGAAGUGACCUGCAUUACUGAAAGGGAAAAAUUUAUUGUGCCUAUCCGAGCCAUUGGAGCCAGGGGCAUUCUGGACUUCCCUGACCAACUGAAUUUUUCUACCUGUCCAGUCAAGUACAACACACAGAAAACCCUGCUGGUUCGCAACAUUGGAAACCGAGAAGCCCGCUACCAAAUCACUACACAGAAACCUUUCUCUGUUGAACCCUCCACUGGGACCCUCGGAGUUGGGGAGACCACACAAUUCACAGUUGAAUUCCUGCCGCAGGAGAUGGGCAAUCACUGUGCGGACCUGGUAGUGCAUUAUGACACAGGGGAGGAUAUCCACGUCUGCAUUUAUGGUGCAGCUGCAGAUGUGUAUGUGCGGCUGGAGAAGAACUCCUUGACGAUUGAGAAGACCUUCAUCACUUUAGCAAACCAGAGAUCUGUAGCUAUUCACAAUCGGAGCAAUAUCAUUGCACAUUUCCAGUGGAAGUUCUUUGCGACGCAAGUGGAGGAGGUAGAGAAAAAACAAACGCUCUGCAGUUCGCUUCAGGUCGAGGAAGAGGGUGUGGUCGAUCAGUUCCUGGAGGAAUGCAUCACAGAUCCUGCUCUACGCGAGCGCCUCUCCAUCGUCACCCGGACCUUUCGGAACCGCCAGGCAGUAGUGCACGAGGAUCCCAUGUUCUUCAACAAUAACAUCUUCACAAUCGAACCUCUGGAGGGAGAUGUCUGGCCCAAUUCCACAACCGAAGUUACUGUGAUCUUCAGGCCCCAAGAAGCUGGGAUGUAUCAUCGCACCAUAUAUUGUGAUAUCUCAGGCCGUGAGAGCAGACUCCCUCUUCGCAUCAAAGGAGAGGCCAUGGGUCCCAAGCUGCUUUUCAACUUUGACCAGCUGAACAUCGGCAAAAUUUUCUUUGGAUCAUCCCAUAGUUAUGAGGCCAUUCUGUCUAACCAAGGAGCCAUCGAUGCCCUCUUCAGCUUGUCGUGGCCAUCCACUGCCUUGGGUGCCUGCUUUGCCUUUUGGCCCAGCGAAGGUAUCAUCCAGCCCGGGGGCCACCAAGCCAUUCAGAUCACCUUCAGCUCUACCAUUCUGGGAGAGUUCUCUGAAGAGUUCCAGUUCAAUGUCAAUGGAUCCCCCCAGCCUGUGAAACUGGUGAUUAGGGGCUGUGUGAUUGGACCUACUUUUCAUUUCAAUGUUCCAUCCCUUAAUUUUGGGGCUGUCUCCUUUGGUUUUCCUCACACUCUUUCCUGCUGCCUCAGCAACACCUCUUUGGUAUCAAUGACCUUCAGCCUUCGUGUCCCAGGAGAUGGCUCUGAAGAGCCAAGUGUCGAGAGUCGAAUUCAAGCCUCUGACAUUACAAGGGAAGACUGGAGAAAGGCACACUUUGGAAGUGCGAGGCCAAAGGAAUUUACUAUCACUCCCAGCCGGGGCACAAUCCGUCCGCAAGGGCUCAUGGAUAUCCAGGUGACUUUAUGUUCCAACACUGUGAAGAAAUACGAAACUGCCCUGGUGGUCGACGUGAAGGGUAUUGGUGAGGAAGUGCUGGCACUUCUGAUUACAGCAAGAUGCGUCACACCUGCCCUGUGCGUGGCCAAUCCCACUGUGAAUUUUGGACGUUGUUUCCUGAAGUUCCCGUACAGGCAAAUGGUGAAGCUCGUUAAUGACAGUGACCUGCCAGGAUGCUAUGGCCUCCUCCCUCAGAAAUAUGAGACGACCCCUCCAAUCCUGCAUUCCAGUCCAGCACCUUCUGGCAUCAUUCUGCCUCAUACCACUGUUGAAAUCCCCAUAGUGCUGGAAGUCCAGGAGAGAGGACAGCAGGUAGCCACGGCUCACGUCUCUGUUUUUGGGAGUGAAGACCCACCUCUGGUGAUCAAGCUGGUGACCUUUGGAGAAGGCCCGGUUGUUUAUGUACAUCCCGCUAAGCUGGAUUUUGGCAAUAUCCAAGUCUUAAAGGAUGCUUCCAGGAUGCUCUGCCUUUCCAACCAGUCUGUUAUUCCUGCACCAUUCGAGGCACAGAUGGCCCGUAGUCAUUCUCUAUGGAGGAUUCAGCCCAGCAAGGGAGUAGUUCCUCCAGAGGCUGAGAUAUCGAUCACUCUGAUAGCUCACCUGAAUGACACCGUGCAAUUCCAGGACAAAGUUCACUUGGCCAUAGAGAACAGCAUUUCCUAUAUCAUCCCAAUCCAGGCCACUGGCAUUGGUACCACCAUUGUCACGGACAAGCCCUUCGCUCCGGCCAUCAAUCUGGGACCCCACUUCAGUUUGGACCCCUGCUACUACCGCUUCAAGGUCACCAACUGCGGGCGUCGCACCCAUCAGCUUUACUGGAUGACGGAAGGCUUUCCCCCAUUUUGCCAGCGCAAGGCCCUCCCUGCUGUCAGCGGUAAUACAAAGAAUAAGGGCUCUUGUUCACAGGUGAAGCCCCAUCUUCCUGUGUUUAAACUUCAGCCAUUGAGGAUGGAGCUGGCCCCAGGAAAGACCAUGGACAUGAUGCUGGAAGGCUCUUCCGACACUCCCAAGGUGGUGAAGGAAAGGCUGAUAUGCCAUGCCAUCAUAGGGAAGCAGUCUGGGAAGGAGCGUAUCAUGGCAGUGGAUGUCACCUGUGAAUUCAUUGCACCCGUUCUGCAGAUGUCCUCCAGUGAGAUUACGUUCCAAGUGGAGAAGAGCCCUGGUGGGGCCUUGACUGCACAGUAUGAACCUCUGACCUUGAAGAAUGUGUCCUCUUUGCCACUCAAUGUCCUUCUAUCCUUGCAAGACCCCUUCUUCCUCUGUGAUAGCGAACUUAAACCUCUGCCUGCACCCUGUCAGCCUAUUCCGAUAGAUAUUGAUGGAGAACAUCAUCUUUAUGCUGGUUUUGACCCCACUUACAGAGAUGAUCUUUAUAAUCGAGUUGCAGAGGAAGUCUUAAUUGUCCAUUACCUUGAGCAUCCCCAUGCGGACCGGGUCAAACUCCGGGGUGAGGUGCGCUUCCCAAACCUCCACUUCCAAACUAUGCAUCUGGAUUUUGGCUGCGUUUUGAAUGAUACGGAAGUUGUUCACUUCAUUGAUAUGACCAAUUGCAGCCCUCUUGUUGUCAAAUACCGCUGGUCCUUUCCGCCAGAUGACCAUGGGACCCAAAUCAGAGAAGAGGCUGUAGAAGAAGCCACGAGCUGUGAAGAUGAAGAGGAGCCUUCGGUUAAAGAACUUUCAGAUGUUGUGGCUGACGUUUCAGAAGCAAAGGCUUUAUUGCCAAGUGCCGGUGAAGUGGAAGGUCUUCUAAAGGAGAACCAGGCAGAGAACAAGGAAGCGCUGUGGUGUAGUGAACCUGAGGAGCUUCAGACAAUUGGUGCGGAAGAAGUAUUUGACAUCCUGCCCCUGUAUGGGAUACUGCAGCCGGAUGAGAGUCAGCAAAUGUCAUUCACUUUCUAUGGCCACGCCAACAUUGUGGCUCGUGUGAGAGCCCUCUGCGAAGUGGAAGGUGGCCCUACCUAUGAGAUAAUGCUCAGUGGCGAGGCCUCCCUUGUCAGUUACGCAUUUGACAGCAAGGAGAUUGACUACGGGCUCCAGCUUUUUGAUCAAGUAAGUGAGGCUGAGAUCACACUGCGGAAUACAGGAAAAGUUGGGUUUGAGUACACCGUUCUAGACGCUGUUCUGGCUUCAGCCAACAACCCUCCACCCGGCGUGCCACUGACUCUCCCUGUUGCUAAUUAUAUUGAGUCUGAAAAGGAGCAGGUGCUGAAAGUCUAUUAUUUGCCUGGCGUACCUGAGGUCUUCCAGAGGACUUUCAAGAUCCAAGUAGCUCAUCUGGAACCAGACAUCAUCACCCUGAAGGGAGAGGGAAUCUUCCCCAGAAUUUGCCUGGAUCUACCUAGAAACUUAAGAGGAAAUGAGCAGUACAGCAGCAUCCUCAGAGAGGCAAAGCAGCGCAUUGAACACGAUUCGCAGAAAGAGAGGCCUUUCAGCAACUCUGAGGCCGUGGCUCCAGAUCCCCUCGUGGAUGAAUCCAUCACUGCGUUAGACACGCAGCUGCAGAUGGAAGUGGAGAGGCUGCUCGUUCAGCAGCACGCCUUGGAGCAGCAGCGAUUCCUGACCUGUGAGGAUCCAGCCGUCAGCCAGCGAGCUCGUAGGAAGCUUGUCAAAGCCCAGCUACCUGAGUACAUCUUGGACUUUGGCUACAUCAUCUUGGGUACCAUACGGACAUACAUUGUCAAGAUUACCAACACCAGCCAGUUCCCCGUGUCUUUCCAUGCAGACAGGCGGACCCUGCGGGAUACAGGUUUCAGCAUUGAACUGGACCGAGUGAAGAACCUGCCAUACUGUGAGACGGAGACAUUUGAAAUACGCUUUGACCCCCAAAGUGCCAACCGGCCUCUUGGAGAGGUGAAAGUGCUCCUGCCCAUCAAGGUGGUGUCUGGGCCUACAUUUCACAUCUCUCUCUGUGCCACGGUCAUCAUGCCGUCUCUCUGCAUGUCCAAUGACAAUCUGGAGUUCUCCGCUGUGCAAUGUGGCCAGUGCCAGAUGGAGACAAUUCAGCUUCAUAAUCAGUUGCAGGUCACAUGCGAGUGGUUUGCCACCAGCAACGAGCAAGUAAAAAAGGUGGACAAGCACAUGCCAGCACCCUUACGUCGGAAGAUGCGCCAAGAAUUGAAGAGCAAGCCACAUGUCUUUGAGAUGAUCCCUCCCUAUGGGAUCCUGUCUCCUGGAGAGCGGCUCAAUGUGCAAGUGAAGUUUGCACCAAGGGAAGAGAAAUUCUACAGCAACUACUUGAUUGUGAGCAUUUCUCAGAGCACUCAGCAACUGCUUCUCCACGUCUCAGGACAUGGUCUGGAGCCACGUCUAGAGUUCAACCCUUCCAUUGUGGAACUUGGCCCCCUCCUACCUUACGCUGUUGGGGAUGAGGCUGAAAUGGUGGUGAAGAACCCAUGCAGCUUCCCCAUUGAGUUCUACUCCUUGGAACUGGACCAGCAAUAUUUGCUAGAAGAACGGAUUUUGCGCAUGUUGAAGGGCUAUGACAACCAUAAAAUCCUCCUGUUGCCUCCUCGCUUGCCUGGGGAGAAGCUGCCCCCUGAAGUGCUGGAAUAUUAUGAGGAGCAGAAGAAGAUUCAAGGUGACCAGGAGUCGGUUAACCAAGAUCAUGAAGAUGAAGUAAACACCCAUAUGUCUGAACAGAGAAUAAAUGCGCUUCCUUCCGGCAUGGUACAAACAGCAUCCAUUGGUGGCUCCAUUCUUCCUUCUGUUUCACACCAUGAAGCAAAUCGCAGUUUUAGGGUGGAAUCUAAAUUUGAUCAGGAGGAGGAGGAAGAAGAAGAAGGAACUGACAAAGGGCAAGUGCUAGGCAGUCAGCAAAGCUUCACUCGGCAGAAGGAGGCUGUGGGAGAACUGGACAACAACCCCGUCUCUCGUGCCAUUGCCCGCCACCUCGGCAUUGACAUUUCUCCGGAAGGACGGGCGGCCAGGAACCGCAGAGGCAUUGCCAUUGUGAUUCAUGGAGCUCCCCUUACAGGAAAGACCAGUGCAGCCAUCACGUUGGCCAAACAUUACAAUUCUGCCUGCUUGUCCAUUGACUCUGUGGUAAUGGAAGCAAUCUGUGAGGGGAGCAGCUCAGCAGGCCUUCGUGCACGGGAGCUCUGCAUCCGAGCAGCCAUAGAGCUGGCACAGCGGGAAACUGAUGAAACUGGUAAGCAGGAAUCUGAUGGGCAGCCAGUUACAUCUCUGGGAACCAGGCUGAGUACUGAGGCUUUAGCUAAGUACACCUCAGAAGGCAGCCAGCAGAGUUCUGAGUCCAAAAUGGGGCCGCAGUCAACUACUUCUAGAGGCUACCGAGGAAGUUCAGUAACAGCCAAGGGAAAGUCAGAGGGUCACGCCUCGCAGGCCCAAAAGCAACAGCAGCACCCACAGUCUGAUCAGCCUGGAUCUCAGAUUCCAUCCAGCCCCAUUCCCAGCGCUCCCAUCCAGCGGCGCCUUAGCAUCAGUGCCAGCAUAGCUGGAGAUUCCGGCCUGAUGAGCUGCGUGUUUCCUGAGGAGCUCUUGGUGGAGAUCCUCUCGGAGAGGAUGCAGCUCAGCGAUUGCUAUCGUGGUGUCGUAUUUGAUGGGCUGGAUACCUUGUUUGCCCGCAACGUUUCGGUGGCACUCCUCUGCCUACUCAAAGCGAUAAACAACCGGCGCCACAUAUAUUUUGUGAACCUCUUCCAGGACUUUGCGGCCAUGAAAGCCAGAGACAAAGCCAAGCAAGAGCAGGAAGAACGGGAACAGCAGGAAGCACUUGCACGCGAGAAGGCUCGUCUCCAGGAGAUGGAUGAGGAGCAGUAUGAUGCCCUCACUGAGGAACAGAAAAUCCAGUUUGAUGGUGAACUGUUGCAGGCACUGAGGGAGCGGAAAAAGAGGGAAAUGGAAAAACUGGCUCGGGAGUUGGAGGAAAAGAAACUCCAGCAGGAACUGGAGCGUCUACGGGAGGAGGAGGAGAUGAAGAAGAAGAGCAAGCGGUACAAGCGGGAUGCAGGAAAGGAGAAGGAAGAAUCCACAGGAAAGAAGGCCCAGCAAGGAAGCAAACAAAAUGCCCCUGUUCCUGCUUUGAAAUCAGACUACAAACUGAAUGAAGGAGUAGAACGGAAAGUGUCUGCAAAGGAGCGUCCAGAUGUGAAUGUCAAUGAGAAGGACGAGAAGAAAAAGAAGAGCAAGCAAGGGCAGAACGGGCCCCAAGGAGGUGCACCCCCUCUGGCUCAGGAAGAGGAAGAAACUGAGAAGGAAAUGAUGAGUGAGAGCGAGAAGACUUUGGCUCAGCGGUUCAAGCUCUAUGAAGCCUCGCAGAAAGAGAUUGCUCAGAUCCUUCUGUUCUGGGAUCGGGUUCAGAGCAUCCAGCUGCAGCCCUCAGGCUCCGAGGAAAAGCAGGAUGAAGUGGAAGACCAGCGGCAGGCGCCAUCAGGCCGCAAGGGCCGGAAGGACAGGGAACGAGAGCGGCAGGAAAGACUGGAGAAGGAGCGAGCGGAGAGAGAACGUCUGGAAAAGGAGAAAGCAGAGAAGGAACGACUAGAGAAGCUGAAGGCCAUGGAGGAAAACAGAAUCGCAGGGCAGGAGGGAGAAGGUGAAGGAACAGACAGUGUUGGAAUCCCGUGCUUAGAAAUCCAGGUGCUGAGUUCUGAAGAUUCGAGCGGCAAGAGGAUACUAGAGAGUGGCAAGCUGCCAAAUGUAGAACAGAUCUUGAAUAGCUUGGGACUGGGUCCUUCAGGGCCUCCCAUUCCCCCGACUGCCUUUUUCUCUGUGAUCCCAUACCCGGAGAAACGACUGCCGCCUGCUCCAGGAGAAGCGCUCAAGCACUUUGUCUUCCUUGCGCUCGAAGACAUAAACGUCUCUGAAGAUGAUAAGAAGGAUGCUGAAGCCGAGACCCCAGCCAGUCUCCCCACAGCGAAGGUAUCUGAGGAACAGAUCACUCCAACUCGAGGCAGGUCCAAGAAGGAAAAAACGGAGCUAAUCCGUGACCCAUCAAAGGAUAAAAAGGGCACAACCCGUAGCAGAAAGGGCGCUCAUCCAAGCCCUAGCACAUUGACUCCUCUGUCAGAACUAGAUCAAGCUGGCCUAGCUGCAGAGCCUUCCGCUGAGAAGCUCCUCAAGCUGACCUCCUUCCGUUGGACUGUCCCUGCCAAUGGAGAGGUUUUGAUGCGCAUCCAUUUCUCCUCCACAAAAACAGGACUGUUUGAUCAAGUCCUAAACUUUGAGAUCCAGGGAACACGGAGGCAGUAUCAGGUUUACUGCAGGGGCGUCUGCACAUAUCCAACCAUUUCCCAAGACCCCAGGAUAGUGUUCCCCCACCGUAAGAAGAGUGCCAAACCUGAUGAGAUUGUCUUCAAAAAGUACAUCAUGAGUUUGGGUGUGUUUCACUUUGGCCCCUUGCUGUGUGGGAAGUCAAGAGACAAGUACAAGGCAAACCGAUCCCCCAAUCACUUUGAAAAUAUAACCAUCCUCAACAUAUCUCCUUUGGAGUGUGAAGUGACUUUCUGCUUCCAGCAUGAUUACAAGGCAGUCACUUACCUCUUUGACCCACCCACCAUGUCACUCAAACCUAAUGAACAACAGCAACUGACAAUAUGGGCCUAUCCCACGGGCAGCGGUAUAUUUGAAGAUAGCAUUGUCUGCUGUAUUAAAGAUAACCCAGAGCCUGUAACCUUCCGGAUCUGCUGCCAAGGAGUUCGCCCAGAGCUUGAGCUGGAUCGCAAACUGCUCCAUUUUGAAAAGCUCCUGCUACACAGAAAGGAAAGCAAGUCGCUCUUCUUGAAGAACAAUACGCCACUGCCUGUCGCAUGGAGGAUCAGUGGCCUGGAGAACAUUGGUGAGGACUUCAGCGUGUCUGACGACAUGGGCAUUGUUGAGGCCUUCUCCGAAUACUGCCUGCAGGUGUACUUUAAGGCUUCCAAAGUGCUCAACAUUAAGAGGGCCAUUCGCCUGGAGGUUUCAGAUGCAGAAAACGUCCUGGGGAUUGUCCAGAUAGAAAACAUACAAGUCGUUGCCGAGGCCUAUGAUGUUACCCUGGACAUCAGCUUUCCCAAAGGUACGGACGGCGGCUUGGAGUUUGGGUCCGUGAGAGUCAUGGACGAAGCUAAGCAGACACUGUCCCUGAAGAACAAAGGAAAAUACGAGAUUGGUUUCAGUUUUUCUGUGGAGUCCACAGACCAUGGAUUACCCAAUCUGAGUUCACUGUUCUCCAUCCAACCGCAAAAGGGGAAUUUGGGUGCCAAUGACCGUCCUACUCAAGUCCAGAUAAUUUUUCGCUCUAAGAAGGAAGUAAAAGUGGAGGACAAGCCCAUUCUCAUAUGCCAUGUUAUUGAGCCUAGUCUAUGUGAAGGCGGAGAGGUUAUUGCGAAGAUCCCAGUGAGACUGACAGUUCAUUCAUUGUUCUCCAAGUAUAAUAUUUCCCCUCCUUCACUCAUCAACUUUGGGCCCGUGGUGCACGGUUCCCGGAAGAGCAGCAGUUUCACCAUUGAGAACAAAGGUUACCUGGAGUUUAAGUUUGGCAUCUGCAAGCAAGUCCGAGACAACGUCAUCUCUCUACGGAAAGGCCCAUCUCACAUCAAAAGCUCUCGCUCUCGUGAUGCAGACAUCCGGCAAAAUGCGGCGCUUGGCAGGCAGAGCAGGCGUUCUGAAUCUCUGCAAAAGGACAUGAGCCUUGCACGUUUCUCCCUUGGCAUCUUCUGCGUGUAUCCUGGAUUUGGCUCCAUUAGUCCAGGCGGCCAGCAAGUCAUCACUGUGGAUUGUGUUGCGGAUACCGUUGGGAAGUCUGAGGAGUACCUGACGAUCGAGGUCUCUGACAGAGACCCUGAUGACAACCCUAAUGGCAUUUCGUAUGUGCUGAUUGCAGAAUCGUGCAUCCCAGGGUUUGUGACUGACGAUGUCAGGUCUAUAUUUGAGGAGCACCAGGUCUGCAACAGUAGCACCCUCAACCAGGUGCUGAAGAACACAGGUUGUGAAGGUGUCUUUGUGACUGAUGAGAACAAAUUUAUCUUCCAUAACGUCCUAGUUGGGCACCAGGCGACAGCCCGGUUCAAGAUCUGCAACCAUGGUCGAAUUCCCUGUGAUGUGAUUCUUGCCAUCAAACCAAUUUCCGCCAAGUCUACCACUCGCAUCAGUGACAUCUUUGAGGUCCACCCUGCGCGGAUGUGCAUUGCUAGCCGUUUGCAUGCCUUUGCAACCGUGACCUUCUUGCCGCAAACAAUGCAGAGCUACCAGUGCAUAUUUGAAGCUUCUGUUGAUGCUGCGACCAGCAUUGCAGCCAAAUCAAGAAGUUUAUCAUUUGAGAUCACUGGGGAUGGAAACCUUCCACAAGUUACCAUUGUUCGCCCUGUACUCCGCAAUAAAAAAGGGGACCCACUUCUCCUGUUUAAGAGACUUUGGUUGGGCAAUUCAGAGAAGCUCCCUCUUGUCCUUAAGAACAUCGGCAAUAUAGUGGUCCAGCUGCAUCUUGACAUGUCAGAUGAAUACGGAGCUUUCAUGCUGAAGCCUAAGCCUGGCACCGAAUGCAUUUACGUGUCUCAGAGUGAAGAGAGUGAAUCCAACGAGGGAGGCAGGAAACCUCACACAGCUUCCUUGGUCCUGCACAAUGGGGAAUCAGCUGAGUUUGAUGUGAUUUUCCAACCCAAUGUGACCCAACAAAUCGAAGGGCUGAUCCACCUCUCCAUCAUGGACAACCAGUAUGAGGACACCAGCAUCCAGAUGGUAGGUGAAGGCUACCAGGAUGAUAUCACACUGGACAACAUAACCAGCUUGGUGGCAGAGGAUUACUGGGAGAAUGCCGAGAGGCACCUGGAAGAGGACUUCGCAGAGAAUGCAAGAGUGGAUUGUAUCCAGUUUGGGGACUGUCACAUUGGGAAGGUGUAUCAAACAACGUUCACAAUAACCAAUCACAGCAGGUCAGAUGUGAUGAGAUUUGAGUGGCCUACAUGGGGCCCGCUGCAGUUCUCCCCGCAGGUUGGCCAUCUCCACGUAGGAUGCACCAAGCACACCAUCCUGACCUUAAAAUCCAGCAUGCCUGUCACCUUCACACCUCAGCCAAUCAAGUGCAAGGUUUGCAAGAUUACCUUCCAGCAGCCUGCUGAACAGGUGCCUGAUUGGGACGAUCGCCAGCACACUGUCAAAUGGGUGGACGUUUCGAAGGCUGCCACAUCCACACGCCCAUCUAAGAAGAAGGUGAUAGAGACGGACCCAGAGCCCGUUCACACUGUCAUGGAAGACAGUGGCCGGGAGCUGGAGCUUCUUGUGAGUGCCAACAUUGAUUACGCCCAGUAUAAGAUGGAGGUGGAGCCUGUACACUUCAAGGAGACGUUGCUCUUCCAGACACGAGUGUUCAAAGUGGAACUAUUCAAUACGGGGAAUGUGCAGCUGGAAUACUUCUGGAAAGUUGUCAUGGAGGACAGCGGGAGGGCCGUCAACUUUGCUGUGGAACAAGCGCCAACAAGCCCAGAAGGUACAGCCAGGUGUCUUUCCGCUCUUUCUGUCAAGUCCCAGAUCAGCCGGCCACUCAGCCAGCUAGGGAGCAUGCUGGACAGCUUCUCUUCCUACUUAUUCCCGGCAGUCCCCUGCUCCCCAUUCUCCGUGGAACCCAUUUCUGGUAUCAUCCCCUCGGGGAGCUCCCAGGUCCUCCAAGUGAAAUUUUCUCCUCUGGAACUGGGAGAGUUCGAGGGCCGCCUACUCUGCAGUAUUUUAAACCUGAAGCCUGAAGAGGAAGGCCCAGUGGUGCCUGUAAAGGGGAAGAGCCUCCUGCCGUAUUGCCAUUUUGAGUUGGAAGACUCCGAUUACAUCACUGCAAACAGGCGCAAUCCAGACCUGCGAGGGCCUGGCGGGGCAGCCUUGGAUCCAAGCACAAAAGUGAUUGAAUUCACAUCCAUAGGAGUGCACACCAGAAAUACCAAGAGCUUUGCAAUCAUGAACCCCACCAAUGCCUCCUACACUUUCCAGUGGACCUGUGAACAACAAGAGCAGGGACAAGAACAAGCUGCCUUUGUUUGCUUUACCGAGAGGGGUCAGCUCCGAACUGAGAAAAAGGUGGAGGUCAUAUUUGAAUUCAUCCCUGAACACUUGGACAUCACAGAAUCCUUUUGGACCUUCACAAUCCCUGAACACAGCCUUUCUGUCCCGUUCCUCUUGGUGGGGCACACAGUGGACCCCGCUGUUUCUCUGGAUAGAUACCACAUCAACUUCCACUCACUCUUGAUUGGACACGAGGCACGAGACAGCAUCAAUAUUAUCAACAGCGAGAAUGAAACCUUCGGUUUUGCAUUCAGAGACAGCUCCUGCUUUUCAGAGGGACGAAUUAACUGUUUGCAAGUGCAGCCCAUGGAAGGCUUGAUCCCGCCAUGUUCCAGGGUCCCUGUUAAUAUAUCCUUCAUGCCAACAUUGGAAGGGGAAGUAAACUUCAACUUGAUCUGCGAUGUCAGUAGGAAGAUUCACCCUCUUUGUUUGAAUGUCAAGGCCACUGGCCACACCAUGAACUUGUCCGUGAAGUAUGAAGAAAGUAACAGUGUGGUUAUUGAGCUGGACCCUGACCAGGUGAACACUAUCCACUUUAAAGAGAUACAAGUGAAUGAUUAUGCUCGGUAUACCUUUUCUGUACUGAACACCGGGAAAUUCAACUUCACCUUCUCCUGGGAGUUCCACAACACCAGAGCAUUGCAGAGAUAUUUUACUAUCUCCCCAGACAGUGGCAGGGUGGAAGCCGGGGAACACGUGGAGUCCGUUUUGUCAUUCCACCCACUGAAAACAUGUACUUUAAAGGAUGUUGAGCUCAGACUACAGAUCAGACACGGCCCCAUGUUUAUUUGUGCACUCCAAGGUGCAGCUGUAUCUCCCAGUGUCCAUUUCUCCUUUACCAAAGUGGACUUCGGAAACUGUUUCAUCUACCAUGCUGGGAUGCCUAUUGCCAAACGAGUCCUGACCGUCACAAAUAAGGAUGACAAACUUGUUAGCCUGGAGUGCUUGUUCACCAGCACAGCUUAUCUUGAGGUGGGUUUCCAUGGUGAAGUGCUGAAUCCUGGAGGAAAGGCAGAAAUUCCAUUCACCUUCUAUCCCCGAGAGGCCAUUUCCUACCAUGAAGUCAUCACCUUUGAAAUCAAUGGACUUUCACAAAGGACCGUUGAAGUUCUCGGGAGGGGAAUUGAAAUGAAGAUAGAUGUUGUGCAACCUCCAAGCAAAGUGUUGAAGUUUGGAGCUGUCCCUCCAGGGCACACUGUGAAGAAAACGGUCAUCUUAGCGAACAACAGUAUUUGCGUUGUUUCCUUCAACCUCAGUUUUAUGUCCUCUGUGCCAGAGUUGCAGGAAGCAAAGGUUCUGACCAUGUCUCCUUCUACUGAAAUCAGCCUCAAGCCUAAAGGAGGCACCUGCCGCGUGGAGGUGACUUUCAACCCGAAAAGUCGCAUCCGGCAAUUCACAGAAGAGGUUUUGCUUGAGUGCCAUGGAAUUCUGCACUCCCUCUUCGCCGUGCAAGGUUGCUGCCAGGGCAUCGAAGUCAGCUUGGAGCAGAAUCAUAUCCCUUUUGGCGCAGUGGUGCAGCGGAGUCGAGCCUCCAGGCGAAUCAUGAUGCAGAAUACGGGAGACAUUGGAGUGGGAUUUAAAUGGGAUUCCAAGCGCUUCAAGCCAGAUUUCUCCAUCAAACCUGUGGAGGGCUACAUUUCCCCAGGAAUGGAUGUGGCCUUUGAAGUGACCUUCCACCCUGUUGAACAGAGCCAGGACAUCUGCUACGAGAACCUGCUGUGCCAGAUCCAAGGCAGCGAGCCCCUCAAGCUCAGUCUGACUGGGUGCUGCGUGGGAGUCCCUCCAGUAAAAGAGGUGGUGAAUUUCCAAUGCCAGGUGCGUGCAAAGAACACGCAGACCAUAAUACUGUCCAACCGGACCAACCAGCCAUGGACCCUGCAACCCAUCAUUGAGGGUGAGCAGUGGAAAGGUGCAGAGUUCAUCAGGGUGGAAGCCCACCAGCAAAACAAGCCCUACGAAGUCACCUACAGACCCCUCACCAUGAACGUGGAGGGCAAGAAGGAUCAGGGCUCCAUCUUCUUCCCACUCCCAGAUGGGACAGGGCUGCUCUACCUCCUGCAAGGCACCACAGAACCUCCCAAGUCUUCCGGGAACAUCAUGAGAGAAGUUCCAUGUAAAACGUCCUACACUGAGCUGCUUUCCAUCACCAAUUGGCUCAACAAGCCACAAAGGUUCCGUGUCUCACUAGACAUGAUAAGGCCAGACCGGCUGGAAGUUACCACCACCCUGAAAACCCUGGAUUACAUUGAUGUGCCUGCCUCUGCCAAGAAGGAUCACAAGCUUACCUUCUUCUCAUACAAGGAAGGAGUGUACUGUGCCAAGGUAACAUUCCGCAAUGAGGCGACACAGGAGUACCUGUUCUACUUGAUUACUUUUAAGGCCGUCCCUUGUGGUCCUCUUGGCACCAUUGAGCUAAUGGCCUCUGUUCGGCAAAGCACCUCCUCCUCUCUGAAGGUUGAAAACCCCCUGCAGUAUCCAGUGACCUUCAACACAGACUGCAAAGUGCCUGACAUUACUCUGCCGCCCCACAUCAUUGUCCCUGCUCAGUCUGAGGGGAUGCUUGCCUUUGAAUUCCAGCCAAUGAGGCCUGGAGAAACUAGUGGACGCCUGACAUUGAACAGCAACGAGUUGGGUUCGUUCCAGUAUGACCUGAUCUUGAAAGCCACGCCUGCUCGGCCAGAAAAGCCCCUUCAUUUCUGUACUAUGCUCGGCAGCAGCCAGAACAUCAUCACCAAGUUUGUCAACUACACCCGUCAGAAGACAGAGUAUUCCACCAAGAUCGACAGCCCCGAUUUCCAUGUAGACAAAGUCAUCAAUGCAGCUGCAGGAUCUCAAACAGGCACGGAAGUCAGUGUGGAGGUGACCUUUGAACCUUGCCAGCUGGGAGAAACAAGGGGAACUCUUGUCCUGUCCUCCACCACAGGGGGAGACUACAUAAUCCCUCUCUUUGGCUCAUCAGUUCCCCCCAAGCCUCAGGGUCCUUUUCAGAUCAAAGCUGGGUCCAACACGGCCAUCAUUUUCAAGAACGUGUUCUUGCAGACCAUGGCCUUCUCCUAUACUGUGGAGAACCCUGCCUUCACUGUGAAGGCCCCAGAAAACAUUCGUUCCAAGAAAUCUGCCACAAUCGUCGUCUCCUUUGAAGGGCAUCCCAGUGGCACCAAAGCGCCUGUCACCAGCAAGCUGGUUAUCUCUUGUCCACGUGCGACUGGGAUGGGCUUAGGCAUCUCCUGGGUUUACUAUCUAAAGGGCAUCAUGCCUGAGAAAUGAGUUUAUGGAGACUUGUGGAGUUCUCGCUCUUGUUUAAGCAUUGCAUUCAAGGAUAGAAAGUCCUCUGAAACUUGAUUUCUAGUGUCAAAUUUCCUAUGAGAUGCAGUCCUUGCUUCCAACUGUGUAUUUCAAGAACAGAAAAAGCUCUCAAUGGAUGAAUGUGUUCCGCAGUCCUUUUACAGGUAACAUCUGGUCCCACCAAAACAAACAGAGGUUGCUCUUGUAAAGCAGGACAUCCUUCCUAUCUGAAAAAUUGUUUCAAAGAAAGGGAUAACAGCUCAAAAUGCUGCCUGCAAAUGUGCAAGAUGACUUCUUUAAAACCCAAGAUCUUAAAGUGUUUCAUGUUCCUUUUG